AUGCUAGGGCGGAAGCAGAUACGGUUAGCUAAGAUGGCGGAGGAGCGGCAGGAAUCAUCACAGGGGGAGGUGGAAGGAGUCAACUGUCUUGCAUAUGACGAAGCUAUAAUUGCUCAACAGGACAGAAUUCAACAAGAAAUCGCAAAUAGUAACCCUUUAGUGUCGGAGCGGCAGGAUCUGUCCGUACUGCUGAGGGAGUACUCUGAAGACACGGUUUAUCAGGACAAGAUCAAGCUGGGGAUUGGCUGA